AUGAGCAUCGGAGGAUGGAAUUAUCCGAAUAAGCCACAUCUGAAUAAACAACAUAAAUUUAGUUUGGUGAUGCGUAUGGAUCAUCUAUUUAAUGUUUUAAACGAUUAUACUUUAGUCACAUGUGGAAAUCAAAUAUUUCGACUAAUUCGUGCCCGUAACGAUAAUGAUUUUAUAAUCAUAACAGAAAAGCCUAUAGCCAGUGGGGGUAUAAUAGAUACUACGGCAAAAAUAAUAAUUGAGAGUUUAGAAUUACGUGUAAAACAUAUAUUUCCAAACGAUGAAAUUAAAAUCGAAUUGAUAGAGUCUAUAAAAAAGGAUCGAUCUAUAUUGAUACCAUUUCGGAAGUGGGAGUUAAAUGAACUACCAGCGAUUACUGCUGGUGCUAAAAGAGAAAUUUGGUCUGUCAAGACUAGCGCAUCUGUAGAACGACCCCGUUUUGUAAUUGUAUGUUUUCAAACGGAUAAGCGAAGUAACGUGAAGGCUAAUGCUAUAUGCUUUGAUGAUGCUAAUGUUUCAAGUAUAAGGUUAUCGUUAAAUGGAGAAUACUGGCCCAACGAAAGAAUACAGCAUGACUUCAAAAACGAUGAUUAUAUGAUGGCAUUCCACGAUUACACGGAAUUCUAUUCAAGCUAUUCAAAUUGCAACAUUCUCUUUUAG